CUGUGUGCUUAUGGAUAUGUCCCCCAGCGCCUUCUGCAGGCUUAAGUCUGGCAGGGGGCUAUGGAGGCAUCAGAUUGGGCGUUUACCACAUGUUUGCUGUGUGCCAGGCCUGUACUGGACGCCCAUUGUGGAUCGCCUUGGGUAACCUCGCAGCAACGCUCUGAGACCCAGUUCCCAGGCUCCAGCCAUCUCGUGUCUCACUGGAGCGCUGCUGCCUGAUGGCCGUCCCCAAGAGCCCCCUGAGCCUGGUGCCCUGGGAACAGGAUGGCUUCCUACGAGUGAAGGUGGAGGAUGAGGAGGCCAGCCUCUCCCAGGGCCAGGAACCUAGCCUUGGCCACACUGCCCACCCCGAGGCUGCACGCCUGCGCUUCCGGCGCUUCUGCUAUGAGGAGGCAUCCAACCCACAUGAGGCCCUGGCCCAGCUCCGCAAACUGUGCCGCCAGUGGCUGCAGCCUGAGGAGCACUCAAAGGAGCAGAUGCUGGAGCUGCUGGUGCUGGAGCAGUUCCUGGGCGCCCUGCCCCCCAAGAUUCAGUCCUGGGUGGGGGCCCAGUGCCCCAAGAGCGGCGAGGAGGCUGCUGUGCUGGUGGAGGAUCUGACUCAGACACUGGACAAGAGAGGAUGGGAGCCGGGAGCUGAGCUCUCCGAGGCCAGCUGUAAGCAGAGCGAUUCCGAAGAGUCAGAGCCAUCAGACGAGGCCACUGAAGCCCUCGCGGGCGGUGACUCCCCGGGACCCGCCUUUGGUGAUGCCUGUGAAGCCGAGGGCAACUCAGAGAGGCGGGCGGGACUCUCAGGGGAGGUCUGGACAAAGUCUGUUGCCCAUGAGAUGGAUUUCAGGGACACUUCAGGGCCUCACAAGGACACCUCCACAGAGCAGCCCGGUUGUGAAUCUGGUACCUUGGGGAAUAGUCCCGGCGUGUGGCCAGACUUCACCUUGCAAGAGAAGACUCUUUCAGAAGAGAAAUUCGAUCCAUUGGAUGGCUGUGGGACAGAGCCUCCGUGCAAGGACUCAGGGAGGAAGUCCUCCAAGUGUGGCGGAUGUGGGAAACUGUUCCGGAGCCCCUCGGCCCUUGAGGCACACCGGAAGAGCCAUUUUCGGAAGACGCCCUACACCUGCAGUGAGUGUGGGAAAGCCUUCAGCCGGAGCACCCACCUGGCCCAGCACCAGGUCAUCCACACGGGGGCAAAGCCCCAUGAGUGUAAGGAGUGUGGGAGGGCCUUCAGCCGGGUCACCCACCUGACCCAGCACCAGAGGAUCCACACCGGGGAGAAGCCCUACAAGUGCGGGGAAUGUGGCAAAACCUUCAGCCGCAGCACCCACCUCACCCAGCACCAGCGGGUGCACACGGGGGAGCGGCCCUAUGAGUGUGACGAGUGCGGCAAGGCCUUCAGCCAGAGCACCCACCUGACCCAGCACCAGCGCAUCCACACCGGGGAGAAGCCCUACAAGUGCGCCGCCUGUGGGCGAGCCUUCAGCGACUGCUCUGCCCUAAUCCGCCAUCAGAGAAUCCACUCCGGAGAGAAGCCCUAUCAGUGUAAGGCCUGUCCGAAGGCCUUUGCACAGAGUUCCUCCCUCAUUGAGCACCAGAGGACCCACACGGGCGAGAAGCCCUACAAGUGCCGCGACUGUGGGAAGGCCUUCAGCCGCAGCUCCGCCCUCAUGGUCCACCUGAGGAUCCACAUCACGGUGCUGCAGUGACCAGAGAGAGCCCUUGGGACAUGGCACAGCCUCCCAUCAAGGCUCAACCUGAGAGGAGCCCUGAGUUCCGGAAGAGCCCAGAGUAAUGGGGUGGGUGAUCGAUGAGUCCCCCCAAAUGAUAAGGUGCUUGAGGGCAGACUCUGGGUCUGUCUGGGAACAACUCUGCCUUUAGGGACCCGGAUGGAGGCCUCAGAGCUGGGGCGAUCAGGGUGAAGUUUCUCUCAGGACUCGGUGGUCCCAAGAUGCUCUGGGCAGAGGUGCUCCAACUUCACAUCCCCACGUGGCUGCUCUUCUUGCCAGUUCCUUUCCUGCUCAGCCCGGGAGGGCCGCCUGCCCACGCCUGCCUCUGUGCCUUCACACCUGCCUUUCACCCCACCUGUUCAUGUCUAACUCCAAGGCCGACUUGUGAGGCUGCCUCUUCCAUGAGGCCUUCUCCGGACCCGCGGUCUCUCACAUUUUCCCUGUCUCAGUCGAGGGCGUGGCUUGACACUUGCAGGGCACCUGUUUCUCCCUCCCGCCUCCUUCCACAUCCCACAGGUCAUCAGCCCUGUUGGUUUUACCUAAAACUCACCUCUAGUCCAUCUUCUCCACCAUCGUCACCUCAUGUGAGCCCUCGUCGCCUUUCAUCUGGAUUCCCACCGGGGUCUCCUCCUGACCCCUUUCUACCUUCAUUCUCCACCCCUACCCUCCGUUGUUUCAUUCUCCACACCGGCCUCCAGGGGGCUCUUUUGACAACCCAAAUCUGAUGGUGUCACUCUGUGCUGGAAAGCUCUCCAAUGCGUCACCUUCCACAGCAGAGCUUCCUGAGUGGGUUACACGUCUGCCAAGAUCUAAGAUGCUUUGGGCCCCAAGCAGCCUCUCCAGUGAUCCUCGUAUGUGCAUAUGAAUAUUGUCAUUUUUCUGGGUGUGCAAUGAUGUGAACAUGGUCUCAAAGUACUGCCCUAUGGGAUAUUCACCUGCCGUUCAUGCUCGCUCGUGACCCAGCACCUGGCCUCAUCUCCCUCCGUGGUCCCACCUUCCCUUCACCAGCCACGUGGAACUACAUCUGAUUCCUGAAGAAGCCAUACUGUUUCCCGCCUACGUGCCUUCGUACCUGUGCCUGGAACCCGCCUCUCUGCUUUCCUCCAAGAUGUUUCAAAUCUCCUUCCCAACAAAGCAUGCUCACCUCCUCGAGCCGACGUCAGCCUGCCCUGCCUGCUCCAGAGCCUCCUCCUUACCUCGUUCACGCCUCUUGCCAUGUUGGGUUUACUCCCUGCAGAGCUCGCAGUCUGCUUCCCAAGGACACUGAGCUUCCACAAGCAGGGCCAUGUCUUAUUCUCAGCAUCCACAGCACACAGGACACAGGAGGCCCUGAUCCAUGUCUGUUGGAUGAAUGUGCUGUGGUGCCUUCUCGGAGGCAGCUGCCAUGCUCGGCCCUGCACUGUCUCCCUGCAGCUGUGGGCCCUGCGGGGCGGGGGCGGUCUGAUUUCCUCAGGGCCCAGUACUCAGAAAAGCCUGACAUGCAGUGGCCUCAAUAAAAUGCUACUGUAUUGAG